AUGGGCAAUUGUUGCUCCCAAGGCAACGCCGCAGAUGCCCCGGAGGCCGACAAUGCGGCCACCGCAACCAAGGGAGACUCAAACCAACAACAAACCACAGACAAUGGAGGCACCGACAACAAUAAUAAUAAUAAUAACAACAAUGAAAGCCCAUCCACAAGCCCUCCGGCCAGCAAGCCUCCACCACCCUCAACUACAUCUCCUCCAUCAACAACAAAACCCACAAAGCCCGGGCCUAUCGGGCCCGUGCUGGGGAGGCCAAUGGAGGACAUAAAAGCGUCAUAUAGUCUGGGUAAGGAGCUAGGUAGAGGCAUGUUUGGGGUAACAUAUUUAUGCACCCACAAGGCAACAGGAAAACAAUUUGCAUGCAAAACAAUUGCGAAGAGGAAGCUAGUGAAUAAGGAGGAUAUAGAGGACGUUAGAAGGGAGGUGCAGAUCUUGUACCACCUGUCAGGGCAGCCUAACAUCGUAGAGCUGAAAGGUGCCUAUGAGGACAAACAAUCUGUUCAUUUAGUGAUGGAAUUGUGUGCGGGUGGUGAACUCUUUGAUCGUAUCAUUGCCAAGGGACACUAUACGGAGCGUGCCGCUGCUACCUUGUUAAGAACCAUUAUGGAGAUUGUCCACACUUUUCACUCUCUUGGUGUCAUUCAUAGAGAUCUCAAGCCUGAGAAUUUCCUCUUGUUGAGCAAGGACGAAGAUGCUCCCCUUAAAGCCACGGAUUUUGGUUUAUCCGUUUUUUACAAGCAAGGAGAUGUUUUCAAAGACAUUGUUGGUAGUGCAUACUACAUUGCACCUGAAGUAUUGAAAAGGAAAUAUGGUCCAGAGGUUGAUAUAUGGAGUGUUGGUGUUAUGCUAUACAUUCUUUUAUGUGGAGUUCCUCCAUUUUGGGCAGAAUCUGAACAUGGCAUAUUCAAUGCCAUCCUAAGAGGUCACGUUGACUUUUCAAGCGAUCCAUGGCCUUCAAUUUCACCAUCAGCAAAAGAUCUUGUACGAAAAAUGUUGAAUUCAGAUCCUAAACAAAGGCUUACAGCUUAUGAAGUUUUGAAUCAUCCUUGGGUUAAGGAAGAUGGAGAAGCACCAGAUAAGCCUAUUGAUAAUGCUGUGCUAAGUAGGCUCAAACAAUUCAAAGCAAUGAAUGAAUUCAAGAAAGUUGCUUUAAGGGUUAUUGCAGGAUGUUUAUCAGAAGAAGAAAUUAUGGGGUUAAAGGAAAUGUUUAAGGGAAUGGACACUGAUAAUAGUGGAACCAUUACAAUUGAAGAACUUAAGCAGGGGCUUGCAAAGCAAGGGACAAAGCUAUCAGAACAAGAAGUUCAACAAUUACUGGAUGCAGCAGAUGCUGAUGGAAAUGGUACCAUAGACUAUGAUGAAUUCAUCACAGCAACAGUGCACAUGAACAGAAUGAACAGAGAAGAACAUCUUUAUAAAGCCUUCCAAUACUUUGAUAAAGAUAAUAGCGGGUUUAUCACCACUGAAGAAUUAGAGCAAGCUCUCCAUGAAUAUAACAUCCACGAUGGAAGAGACAUCAAUGAAAUCGUUCAAGAAGUUGAUGUAGAUAACGAUGGUCGUAUUAACUAUGAAGAGUUUGUGGCAAUGAUGAGAAAAGGACAAGCUGAAGCUCAUACAAAAAAGAGACGUGAAUCACUUAAUUUGCAUCAAUAGAGGGGGAUAUACGAGAUCAAACUUGAAAAACAAUUCAUGAUCUGUUUUCAGCCCUGCAUGUUUCUUCAUUGAUGGGUGAAAGAUCAUGGACAAGAUUACGUCGUAGGCUUUUGUUGUUUGGGAGAGGAUAUAGGUGAGAGAACUGGUCUAAGGUGGAAACAAUUAUAAGAGAAAAAAAAAGGGGGGGAGAAAAAAAAACUAACCUUUGAUAAA